GGGUUGCCGUAGCUAUUUACAGCUCCGGGAUAAAUGGUGAAGUAAAGUUUUGGAAGUAGUGGAGUUGCUGGUGGUGAAUUCGUCGCUCCUUCAUAGGAAACACUCGCUCGUGUACUCGAUGAUUUCCAUUUUGAAGUAUGACCCUGCUGUCGAUGUCUGCCCGAGCCCAGAUGGACGCGAGUUUCCUGUCAAUUCUCUCCAAUUUCAGCACCAGCGAGGGAAAGGCUAAUGCUAACGCUAGUUAGCGACUAAUGCCGGCAGCGGACUAACAUCGCUUUAGCCGAGGACAUUAACUACUUUUAUUUCUUACUUUGGUCUAAAAGCUUCCCGGAGUUUGUAUUCGCAUACUUAUUGACGGAGAACGAAACAGUUUGAGCGGUUUCGACACUUUUAAAGACUGUUAGAAGCUAACUACAGUUAGCAAAUGCUAGCAACUUCCCUGAGUGGCUAGCAGGAAAACAAACUCGUAGUCGUAUUAUUGCAUUCUUUUCACGCUUUUCACCUGCAGAGCUGAGGAUGGCUUGACAAAUUCUUCUGAAAUGAGUUUAUGCCGCAGUUACGAUGUCACUAAAGUAGACACGAAGUGCUCUGACUUAAGUAAACUUCAGUGUGAAGCAGUUAAGUGUGGUUAAGUGCAGUUAUGUGCAGGCUACUUCGUUACUGUGUGAGCCAUUCGCUGUAUGCAGCGAUGACCAGACUAGAGGAUGUCAAUAGAGGAGUGAGUCUGUGGAUGUCCAUUCGCUAUCUGGGCUACUUGUCCACUCUUAACUUACUUGUGGCCGUAUGCCUGGGCCUGUAUGUGCGCUGGGAGAGGACUGCACAGCCUGUGCUGCUGGUCAUUUUCAUUCUGGGCCUGUUUGUCUUGGGCAUGGCCAGCAUCUUCUACUACUACUUCAGCAUGGAGCGGGUCAGUCUCUGUCUCUUCCAUCUGUGGUUGGGUUUCCUGCUGGGCUUGCUGUGUUUUCUCAACGGCUCUUCCCUAGACAUGGAUUUAAAGGAGCAGAUCACCUGCUACAUGCUGGUGGCCAGUGUGGUGAUCAGGACGUUGUGGGCUUUGGUGGAGCGAGUAUGUGGCUGCACCAGGCACCGACCUGCUCUGCUGAAGUCUGCUGGCUUGGAGCUUACAGGCUUUGCAGUGGCCAGUACCACCCAAGUGGCCCAGGACUCCAUGAGCCUGGCUGUGCUGGCGCUGGCCGUCGCUACACUAGUCACAGACUUGCGAAUGAAGUCCUACCUGGCUCUUCCCAACCUGAUUUGCUUCUCUGUGGUCACUGCAGUCUUCUUUUUUAAGUCUUUAGGGGUAACCACGAACCCCUACGCUUUGGCCUGCUUCCUUAGCCGGCUGGUCUGCGAGCCCCUCCUGGACAUCUAUUUCAGUGGUCUCUCUGUGACUGAGCGCUGGUCACCCUUUCUGAGGAGAGGAGGGCUGUGGAGGCGCCUCACUCUCCUGCCCCUUCUGGCCAUCGAAAUAACCUUUCUGGUCCUGUCCGCUUUUAAGAUGGGCAAUUUGGACCAGUGGUAUAUUGUGAUCCCCAGUUUUUCAGCCUCCAGCAUUUUCUGGAUCAUCUGCCACGUGGUGUUCCUGGUCACUCUGUGGGGUUUUCACAGCAAGCUGAGCGACUGCCAGAGAGCGUGUGUGGUUCAGAGGGCAGAGCUGGGAGCUCUGGACAGGGUGAUGGCCUCCAGGGGUAUGCGCCACUUCUGCCUCAUCUCAAAACGCCUGGUGUUCCUCAGCCUCGUUUCUACAGUCAUACUUGGAGCACUAUCAUGGCAGCCAUCCAACAGUCUGUUCGUUAGUGUGUUUCUGCUGGUCCUGCCUUUGGAGUCACUUGCUCAUGGGCUUUUCUACGAAUUGGGAAACUGCCUUGGAGGUACAUCUGUUGGCUAUGCAGUGGUCAUUCCUACCAACUACUGCAGUCCGGAUGGUCAGCCCACCCUGCUGCCUCCAGAUCAGGUGCAGGAGUUGAACCUGCGCUCCACAGGCAUGCUGAACAGUGUGCAGCGCUUCUUCUCCCACCACAUGAUUGAGACACACGGCUGUGAUUACUCCACCAGCGGACUGAUGCUGAGCACAAUACAGGCCAAACUCUGCUCUUUCCUAGAGGCCCACACAGCUGACGGCCCACGCUUUGACACCUAUGUGCUCUUCUACAGCGGCCACACACACCGCACUGGAGAGUGGGCACUGGCAGGUGGGGAGGUGCUGCGUCUAAACGAGAUCAUGCAGCUCUGGAGAGAGAAGAACGCCGGCUACUGCUCUCGCCUCGUUCUAAUUCUGGACACUGAGAAUUCCCUCCCCUGGGUGAAGGAGGUGCGGAGGGUGAAGGACGUGUAUGUAGCCGUACAGGGGGCUACAUUAUCCAACUCAACGGACCUGGAGAUCCAGGAUGCCCCUCAGCUUGGAGAUUUCACCUUCCAGUGGGUCGACUUCAACUGCAACCCCGACAGCUGUGUUCGCUGGGCCGAGCGAGGGCGAACUGUCAUGGCAACGUACGGCCUCUCGAGACACUGGGGCGAUUACAGGCUGCACUUGCCUACAGGAAAUGAUGUGGCUAAGCACUGGAAGAUGUAUUUCCCCCGUUUGACGUACCCCGUGGUUCAGCUGGUCCACUGGUGCAGUGCUCUGAACCUGUUCUGGCUCUGUGGCAUCUGUCUGCACUUUUUGCGAAGGGUCAAACUCAACUGGUUCCCUCCAGCAGUGCUCGACACUGGCCAGGGCUUCAAAUUGGUCAGGUCAUAGAAAUGGACAAUGUGGUGUCACUGAAAAGUGUCAGAGCGCAGCAGAUUUUAGCACUUGUUGUAUCGUUGCUGUCGUACCAAAGUCUCGUAACCCUACUUUUUUGGGGUUUUUUUUUUUAAAAAAAAGCCACCUGUUCUUUAUAUUGAGUAAACAUUUGUUGGAGCAAUAAAAAUGGUCUAGAAUUACUUUAACAAAAACAAUGUUAAUGUACAUUAAAACUAACAUUUUUCCUCCUAUAAAGUUACUAUAUUGAGGAUAUGAGAUUUUGUUAUGACAGCGAUGAAAAUUUGUCUGAUGACCCUCAGCAAUGGCAGCUCUUGGUAUCAGUGACCAUGGCACCAUGAUUGUGUUUAAUCUCAGGAGUGUAAGGAACCCGUGUGUCAGUUUGUUUGGGUGCGUUUGUGACCGAAAUGAUCUAAAAAUAAUAAUGAAUGAAUCAGUAAAUUGUUAUACAGGCCAAUGGUCACUGUCACAAAGGAAAUUGUGUCUUCUAAGGCAAAAUCACCAGCACUUGAGCAAGGGACGCUAACAGGUUACUAUGGGCCACACCAAAAGCAACCGUUUCAUAUUUUUUUGACUAAUCUUGCUGUUACACAGCUCGCAACUACUGCUAUUGUUUCUUUUUAACAGUUCAUAACCAUUUUUAACACUUUUUCAGGGAUAGGGUUUAGACAUUGAAGUGUUCAUUAACACUUGUUUGGUUAUAGGUCACUGUGAUUUAGGGCUGGCCUGAAUAAUUUUAAAUACUUGAGUAUUUAUUUGUUACAUUGGUAGUCAUUUCUCUGUUUAGCUUAAGCACAUUUCAUCAGAAGAACAAUGCUCAGUUCAAGAUUUGAGACAAGACACAGGCAUGACAAGUUUGGUGAGAAUCUCAUAUAUGUAUAGUGAUCCUUAUCUAUGUACCACCAUGCAUCCAAUCCACACUUCCUCCGACUCAGCUUCGUCACUUAACUGCUUCAGACAAGAAUAUCAUCUCGUUUUUCUCCUUUUCUGUUCUAUUCAAAUGAUUUUAUAGUGGGGGUAAACUUGAAAACACAAACAGCAAAUAUGUUUGUGACAAAAUCACAAUCAAUCAAGUUUUUAGGGCUGGAUCAGAGAAGCAUCCUCCACACACAGAUAGUUUAGGGCAGGUAUUGCUCUCCAACUAGCACACCAAUGAGAUCAUCACAUUUUAGUGUAUUAUUUUCAAUAUAGAAGAGAAUGCUGUAAAAGAAAAUGGUAGCGUGUGAUUUGACUGGAUCUCAUGUACAAAUGGGAGAAACUCUGGCUUGUAUUUUUGUAUCUGUUCCUUAAGAGAGACGACUAAAAACACUUCAGAUAUCGUUUUGAAGAGUCAUUUUGAGAACAAAGACUUGUUUGGAAGUAUCAGUGAGCAUUUCAAGCCUGUAAAACACUGUUCAGGCCAGCCCUAAUGUGAAUCAGCCUGCAUCGUCGCUUCCAUACAGUAUGACACUCAGCUGUUCACGGUUUACUAUUUUCCCUCAUUUGAAACAAACUAUGGCUUUAAAGUAGAUCGUAUAUAUGAAGCAUGAGUCACUUCAGGUUAUAGGCCACAGGGGUCCUGAAUUCAGAUCAGUUUUUUAGUAAAUGUUGAUAUUUAUAUUGAACUAUUUUGGUGAUGAUUUGUUUAUUAUACUACAUAGUAUUUUGCCCUUUGUAAAUUUUGAUAUUUAUGCUUUACCUCACCAGCAGAGUCCAGCUUUAAAUGUAAUGUAGUAAUACUGUGCUUUUGUAUUGACAGUGCAGCACGACCAAACCGAGGUAAUGUUAACCAAUGUUUUUUUUUUCCAUUUGUUAAUCAGUACAUAUCCUAAAUCAGGGCUGUCCAAUCUUGUCCACAAAGGGUCGAUGUGGCUGCAGGUUUUUAUUCCAACAAUGCAGGAGCUCACGUUAUCAAUCGCUGAAGACGGAGACUAAUUGAUUAAUCAGGUGAGCUCCAGCUUGUUUGGCAUGAAAACCCGCAGCCACACCGGCCCUUUGCGGAUAAGAUUGGACACCCCUGUCCUAAAUACUUUGCACUAGAUUGACUGAUAUGAUCUGUUAGAUUGCCAGCUUUGCUGAAGUACAAGUACAGUUUUCCAGGUUUUCUGCUUCAAUAUCGCUGUUCAGGAAGGUUCUCUGUAGAAAAUCCUGUCUAGUCCUGAACUACACUUCUGAUCAGUGUGCAAAAAACGGACAUGUAUGUUAAUCAGUACAAUAAUUACCCCCUCCCCUCCAAAAAGUGCCUUGUAGCUUCACUGAGAGGCCUUAUUGUCUGAAAAUGAUUGGUGUUGAGGUGUGUGAGGCUGGUUUAAACUGUUGGCUGACAUUAACAGGGCACAGUCAUAUGCAAGCCAUGUGAACUGUAGUGGGUACUGUGGUGUUUACAGUUUACUCACAUGCAUGAAAACUUUACUGAGAAUAGUUUUCCCAGAAUAAAAGAACACUCCUUUCUCUGCAA